UUUGACAAAAACACCUGAGUCCAGAGAUCAGACAACCUCAAUUUCUCCUCAAAAUUUCCAUGGAAACUAUCUGUCAGAGCACAUUGCUCUUCUUGAUCAUCUUUUCUUUGGUUCCACUUAAGCCAUUAGAAGCAUGCCAUCCAGUGGACAAAGAAGCAUUGUUAGACUUCAAGCACAGAGCCACAUCUGAUCCCUCACAGCUGCUCAAAACAUGGAAUGCCACCACAGAUUGCUGCACUUCCUGGGAAGGCAUUGCCUGUGAUCCCGCAGGCCGGGUCGUCAACGUCUCGCGCCCUGGCCUCGCCUCGGGCGACGACUUCAUCCUCGACACCUGGAUAACCGGGACCCUCCCGCCUUCGCUAGGCAACCUGUCUUCCCUCCACCUCCUUGAUCUCAGUAACCUCAAGGACUUAUCAGGUCAGCUCCCCCUCGAGCUCGGGCACCUCUCGCACCUCACUCAUCUGUUUCUCGAUUCCAACAAGAUCUCAGGCUCCAUCCCAGACACCUUUGGGAACCUUAAGAGGUUAACAAAGUUGUAUUUGAGUGACAACAAUCUUUCUGGGACUAUUCCUUUGACUACUUUCAAGUCUUUCACUUCACUCUCGGAGCUUGGGCUUUCGGGUAAUCAACUAUCAGGUGAAAUCCCUGAUUCCAUUGGAAACAUGGUUUCUUUAGUAAAACUUGACCUCCAUGGAAACAGUUUCUCUAGUAGCAUUCCAGAGAGCAUUGGGAGGAUCAAGAAACUCGAAUAUCUCGAUUUAUCCGAAAACCAAUUAAGUGGAAGAAUCCCUAGCUCAAUUGGCAACCUAUCAGGAUUAGUAUUAUUGUAUCUGAACAAAAACAGGUUGAGUGGAAGCAUUCCUUCAUCAAUAUCCGGUCUCAGAUCACUGCAAUUCUGUCGUGUAUCCGAAAACGAGCUCACGGGAGCAAUCCCGCCAUCAAUUGGGAGCCUCCCCAAGAUCCAAAGGCUGAUAUUUGAGAACAACAAGCUGAGAGGGAAACUCCCUGCAACCAUUGGCCAUCUUUCAACUCUCACUGAUCUCUACUUCUCCAACAACAACUUCACCGGGAAAAUCCCGUUGAGUUUUGGUAAUCUGCACAGCCUGAUGACCCUGGAUUUGUCAAGAAACCAACUCAGGGGUGAAAUCCCACCUCAGCUAGCAAAACUGCAGAUUUUGCAGGAUUUAGACCUGUCUUUUAACCCUCUCCUGGAACUUCAAACCAUUCCAGAUUGGUUUUCUCAGCUCAAACUCUUUAGGCUUAAAUUAGCCAAGACUGGUAUCAAAGGAAAUCUCCCAAAUUGGCUCUCUUCUUCAUCAAUUUCAACCCUGGAUUUAUCCAGCAAUGAAUUGACAGGGAAACUGCCUCCCUGGAUUGGCAACAUGACUAAUCUAUCAUUCCUGAAUCUAUCGAACAACGCCUUCUCCUCAACGAUCCCCGAGGAAUUUACAAACCUUGCACUCCUAAUGGAUCUUGAUUUUCACUCCAAUAACCUCUCUGGGGACAUAAACAUCAUAUUCAAGAAAAAUUCCCAGGACCCAUUAGGCCACUACAACUCCAUUGAUCUCUCUGGCAAUAAAUUCUCCGGGCCAAUCAUCGACAACAUUGGAGAUCAAGAAGUCAUGGAAUCAAUAUCAUCCCUAACACUAUCACACAACCCAUUAGGAGGACACAUCCCAAAAUCCCUGGGAAAACUGAGUGAACUCCAAGAACUGAGGCUUUCUGGGAAUGGGUUAUCAGGCAAGAUUCCAGCAGAGAUUGGAAAUGCCAAAAAGAUGAAUACAAUUCUGCUUUCAGACAACAAGUUGAGUGGCGCAAUACCCACAGAAGUGAUGAAUCUCAAAGGGCUUCAAGAAUUUGAUGUUUCCAGAAACAGAUUGAGUGGUAAAAUCCCUCCCCAUAAGGCAAAUAUACCAAAGGCUGCCUUUUUGGGGAAUUCUGGGUUGUGUGGAUCCCCACUCCCCCCAUGCAAACUCUCAUGGCAUCUGGCUUAAGAUUAUUGUGCAAUCAAACAGGAUUUCAAUUGUUUAAUUUACUUUUGUUUUCGUCAAACCUCAAUGUAAUUACUGGUGUUACAGAGCUUGUGGUUCUGUGUUUUUUACUGUGUA